UAAUUUGAUCAUUACUUGUAUAGUUUAUUAGGGAUGUAGAAGUUAGUUGAUUUUUAAUAUAUGUGAAUUAAAAUGUGUAAAUAAUCAAAGAUUAUUAUAGACUUCAUAAAUGAUAUGUUUCCUUAACAAUAUUUUAUGAAAAAUUUUAAUUAUUAACAAAAUGACAGAUGAACGAAAUUUUCGAUCUUCUUAUUAUGAAAAAGUAGGAUUUCGCAGUGUUGAAGAAAAAAGAUCAUUGGAGAUACUGCUAAAAGAACAUCCAUUUGAUAAGAUGAAACUCAAACAAUUCUGUUUAAGAUUCACUGUCCCUGCUAUAUAUAGAAAUUUAAUAUGGAAAAUAUUACUUGACGUUAUACCUGUUUAUAUAGAAAGCCAUGAAUUUAUAAUGAAACAACGUAAAGCAGAAUUUGAAGAUUUACUGAAAGCACUUAAAGUAACAAAGUUUAUGGAAGACAAUACAAAACCACAUUUAAUGCUUCUUACAAUGUGGCUUUUACGAACAAGACGAACAAAAAUAGAUAUGAGUACUCAAUUGGAAUCAUCUUUAUAUAGGGCAAUGAGCAGAAUGGCUGAGGCGCUCUGGCAUAUCAUAGAUACCGAUUCUGGACAAGAUAAAUUAGUAGACGUAUAUUGGAUACUAUGUGGACUUUUGAAUCAAGUACAAAAAUUUCAUGCAGAAGUUGGUAGAUUACAAGAAUGUACAUGUACAUUAUUAGAAAGAGAAGAUCCAGAAUUAUCUAAACAUUUAGCUAGAAUCGAAGCUCUUCAUAAUCUUCCAUUUGAUAUGUGGUUUUACUCAUGCUUUGCAGGCACAAUAUGUAAUGGAUCAAUAGCCAAGAUAUGGGAUAAAAUAACUGUAGGAGCAUAUAAAAUUUUGGUGUUUGUGGCUGUGAUUAUGUUAACCACUCUUAGGCGUGUUCUAUUGCGCACUGACAGCAUAGAUAGUGUGUUGAACACAAUCAAUAAUAUAACUGAAAAAAUGUCUGAAUUAAUAGUUAAUAAAGCAAUAGAAUCUUGGCAGCAAAGUGGUUCUACGCUAACAUCUAUUUCACAAAAUACAGUGAAUAUAACACAGAGUACAUAACAAUACAAGGAACUACAUUCUACAAAUCUGUAAAACAUGAGAAAAUAACUUAAAUAAAAAUAAUAAUAAUAA